AUGUCGAAAUUCGCUGCAGACAUUCCGGAGUUCUAUCCUAGGAAACGACGCAUGUCCGCACCACCGCUCAACUUUCAUGAUCUCAGAGACAUGGACGGAAAACAUUUCUGGACGAGGGAAGAAGAAACCGAAGAUUUAUUCCUGGUUCCUAAAGACAUGGCAGAAUAUUCAUCCUUUGAUCGUCUCUACCCCACCCUAGUGGAUGUAUCGCAAAUCGUCGCCACCGUGAACCUGGCGAGGACGAAAGUCCCUGUUCCUCGCGUUUACAAGCACGGUUAUUCCGGAAACUAUGGUUAUAUCCUGAUGGAGCGGGUUCGGGGAUGUGCACUUGACAACUUUCUUCGUAACUACAAAUGCCCUAUUCCUCAUAAAGUCACAGUCGUGAUAAAAAAGAUAGUCGAGGAUCUAGCGAGUUUAGGGCUCUGCCAUAACGACGUCAAACCACGGAACAUUGUUGUCAGCUCGAGCUGGGAUGUACUGACUAUUGUAGAUUGGGACCACUGUGUGCCACUUAUAUACGCAGGAGAGUAUACCAGAAGGAUAUUAUGGCCGGAUCAACACGACCCCUUGUGCAUCGCGGAUAUCUGGGACGCUUUCUUUCUUUCUGUGGCCGCCGACAGGGUUGGAGAAGAGUUACUCAUGGAGCAGCACGAUCGUUUCUGGUUGCUCACUGCUCCUCUCCGAACGACUGGGAUGGUCUCCCAACCAUUUGGUCCGCAAUCAACAACACCGGUAAUUGUGGCGUUACCAAGUUUGUCGGAAUAA